AUGUCCGGCAUGAUGAAUACAGAUAGGGGUCGCAAUAGGCGAGAAAGGACCUUUGUUGGCAGCGAAUGCGCCGUAUGUGAGGAGCCGCUGGAGCAUACGCUACGUGGAGAGAGAAUUCUCCAGUUUUCCUGUUCACAUGUCUCUCACGAAGCUUGCUUUUAUGAGUUUAUCAAAGAGUUUGAUUCUCAAUAUUGCCCUUCAUGUAAUGCACCUUUACAUUUGGACACUAGUCGUGGAGGCAAUGUCCUGGAUAUUGAGAAAAUCACGAGCAUGGUACGCUCUACAUCUAUAAGCGACAACAGAUCAGUGACUACUCCCACACCCACGACCUGGGAGGGUCAGUCCGGGCGACCGCCAAGUGGGGAGUCUAAUGCGCGGUCUCUACCUAGCAAUGGUCGCGAGAGUGUGGCAAGAAAUCACGUUCAAGGACGAGAUGGAUAUGCGGGCGGUCGAGGUCAUGGUCGCAGUGAUAGUGAAGCAACAGGAGUCGCGUCUUCUGGAGGCUACCCAGAGACCACACAGAGCGGGCCACCUCCACGCCGUCACGACUACGACUUGCAGGCUAUGGAAACGACACCGGGUAGCCCGAGGGCCAUCACGCGUAACCCAAUCCCAGCACCUUCUGUUGUAGUGCGGUCAGAAUUUCCAACCAUCAAUCGCUCGCGACAGCAGCAGACGCUUACAUGUCUUGUGACGGUGGAGGUUGCGGACAAUAAAUGGAGGCCAGACCCUGAGGAUCUUGGUAUACCCAAUCUGACGCCGCAAAUGCGAGUUGAGGAAGCGUUUAGUCCCCCAAGACCACCAUCGCCGGCACGGAACACUCAACCACGUUUCUACCCAUAUGAAGCACCGGGGGUUCUGGAAGAAAUGACCGAGACUCUGCGGAACAAGGUCGAUAAUUGGCACGGAUUAGAGUUUAACCGGUUUGGUAAACUUCGCCUCUAUGGUACUCUGCGUGUUGGAAAAGACAAAAUCUCGUGGCAGGAAUUAGAAUGCUUCUUGUUUGCUGAAAUGCUUAUAUGUGUGAAAGAAAAGAAAAUCCCCCCUGCGGCACAGCAAUGGGAUGAGAAUGGGAUACCCAGGAAGACAACGAAAUGCACCUUGAAGGGUUCUAUUCUCAUCAAGAAGCAUUUGAACGAGGUAAUGGAAACUGGCUCAGUUGAUGAGAAUAUUCUAACAUUGAGCCUUUCUGUUACCGAGCUUCCUCAGUUCCACCUCCGUUUCGAUAAUCGUAAUCAGUUGAAACUUUGGCAACAGGCUUUACUUGAUCUAAAUGCGAUAGAGGGCUCGCCUGUCAGAAGCCCGGGGUUUGAACGUGACCGAGCUGAAACCUCGGAGACUGACGAGGAGGACUGGGCUCGAGGAACACGUCCUCAACGGGUUUCCUCCCUCGCUUCCUCCUCAUGGGGUGGUCCUAAGUCGGUCACCACGGCACCGACCGAGUACACAACUUUCGCCAGAAGCCCAUUGUCAACCAUCCAUGUACCAAUCGACGUGGUUGUUGUGGUGCCCAUCUCAUCUUCAAUGCAAGGGGUAAAAAUCAACUUGGUCCGAGAUGCAUUGAAGUUUAUGGUCAAUACUCUGGGGGAACGCGAUCGAAUGGGAUUGGUCACCUUUGGAUCAGGGGGAGGUGGCGUCCCCAUCGUGGGAAUGACAACGAAGGCAUGGCAAGGAUGGAACAACAUCCUCAGUUCAAUCAAACCAGUGGGACAGAAAAGCCACCGGGCGGACGUUGUGGAGGGGGCUAACGUCGCAAUGGAUCUGCUGAUGCAACGCAAAUAUAACAACCCAGUUGCGACUAUUAUGCUUAUCAGCGACGCAUCUACAUCUGAUGCGGAUAGCGUCGAUUUUGUUGUUUCACGGGCUGAAGCUGCGAAAAUCACGAUACAUUCGUUCGGACUUGGAAUGACGCAUAAACCGGAUACAAUGAUCGAACUCUCUAGUCGGACAAAGGCGUCAUAUACCUACAUCAAGGAUUGGAUGAUGUUGCGGGAAUGUCUGGCUGGCUGCCUUGGCUCGGUCCAGUCACUAUCACAUCAAAACGUUAAGCUCAAGCUUAAACUACCGGAGGGCUCGCCAGCGAGGUUCCACAAAAUCAGCGGUGCGCUCCAGAUCACCAAACGUGCCACGGGCCGGGAUGCAGAAGCUUCACUGGGUGAUCUGCGGUUUGGUGACAAGCGAGACAUACUUGUGCAGUUGGUCAUAACACCUGAUACAGCCUCUCAAGAGCAACUCCCUCAAGACCCUUGGGAAACCAUUGUGUCUGGACUAGAGGCUCUAGGUGGGCCAAUGGACCAUGACGACCAGAGAGCGAUUUCGGUAGAGGAAGUCCCUCUGAUCCAAGCAGAUCUGGUAUGGGGCGAUAUCUUGCGCGACGGCACAAUGAUGCACCUGCCUAGACCAUCUUUGCUUGCUAUCACCAUCCUUCCAGCAGUCGGUAACCCGAAGAAAGCUUCUUGGGUGAACAACCCUCCAAUUCCACCACACCCUCAUAUAGUCCAGCGACGUAUGGAAUUAUUGACGUCAGACAUGCUUACUCGCGCCCUCACACUUGUCGCUAGAGGACAGCAUGAGCGUGCGUAUACGCUUUUGAAUGAAACACGCUCAAUUCUAAAGGGGCUUGGAAAAGGAGGUUUACCACCGGUUCCUGCUGGCCCCGUCCCACCAUUGCCGGGUAAGCAAUCCAACCCUUCUACACCGCAUCCCGGCCUAGAUCCAUCACCUACGGGCACGCCUGAUCGAAAACAUUCGCCCUCGCCAACUGCUUCAGCACAUUCGUCAGGAGGAACUACUGGAUAUGCGCCGCCCAUUCCACGCAGCCGGUCCAAUGAUGGGCUAGCUUUGACCAACUCGGUCGCAGUCGACGCCGUCACAGUUUCAGCUUUGGACGCCGAACUCGAGGCUAGUUUAGAAUGGAUCAACCACCCUGCUAUCUUCAGUCGCGACAACCGCAAGGCAGUUCUUCAGGCUAUCGGUGUUAUUAGCAGCCAGCGAGCAUUCACAUUCCGCACGCCUAUCGAGAGUCUGUGGGCCUCGAGGGUGGGAGGUGUGAAGCGUUUAACAGAACGAAGUCGUGAAUGGAGGGAAGAGGGCGGGGCAGGUGGUGAGGGGAUUAUCGAAGAAUCUUAA